UGUCUUUUGAUGAGAAUUUGUACCGAUGGUCAUAAAUUCCGAUAGGUUACAAAGUUGAUAUUUCAUAUCUUGAUAUAUUUUUUUAUAAAAUUAUUUAGUAUUUAAAUUCCACGAAUAUAAAAUAAAAAAUAAAAUCAAAAUGAUGGGCACCGAUAAUAGUUUUUUUGAAAAAACAAUGAACUCAUACGGAACAAUAAAAACAAACAGAAGUUUAUUGCAAACAAGAAACAAAAAAGUUUACCCGACUUUUAAACCUCUGAUCCAGCGGGUAAUAAAUUUCAAAGCAUUCGCAGGAGUUAAGCACAAGAAAAUAGUUUUAAAUGAUUUUUCUUCGAGUAAAAACAAUGACGAAGCUGAUCGGUUUAGUUUACUGAUACCUUAUGCUGAUCAGAUGUUGAAUUGGAAAAUUUUAUUCGAUCAAUCGAACCCAGAACUGGGUCCGGAUUUUGAGUUUGAUGAUAAGACAUUUCUAACUGAUCCUGAUUUAGAAGAACUGGAAAAUAAUGUGCCGAGUCUCGUUAAUUGGGACCCACGUGAUCCUGAUUCUUUGAUUAAAGUCAUAAUGGAAUUUAUUGUCUACUAUCGCAAACACCAGGUCGAAAAGUUAAAAAAUUAUGAACGUUUGUCACGUGAAUACGAGAUGUUAUUGCAAAAUACAGAAGUAUGUGAAGAAGACGUCGAAGUAAUUUUAGUACCCGACACAAUAGAUCCACACGAAGCGCGUUUUUUUAUACGCAUUGCACUAGAUUUUUCACGGUUACCUCGACGCAGCGGCAAUGAAACAGACCGAGAUGCCAUUACGUUACAAGUGACAUUUUCUCAAUUACACUGGACUCGUGUUGUCCCUCUACUGUAUUUGUCAACCAGCUUAGAAGACGUCCUCGGAAAUUCAAAUACUCUUCAUUUACCGCCUUUUCAGCCAGCUAAGAACCUGAUGAAAUACGUUCAGGAAAUAAAGAAACUAAUAACUGAUAAAAUGAAUGCAGUGAUAGAAAAUUUUGAGAAGAAACGCGACUUUGUAACGACAGCUCUCGUGUUGCAAGGCGCCAGUAUUAUGGAAUACGACGCUCUUGACUUUUCGUUCAUUACUCUAUUACUUAAUCACAAUGAUUUCCAUUUCUUUUUACAUAUCAGUCUAACAAAUAAGUUUCCGUCUGAACCACCAAGAUACACACUGCAGUCUUGCUAUCAAACUAAUCUCGGUAAUGAACUUCCUAAGCAACUUGUUUAUAAUAUUCCCUACAGCCCGCGUUGGGAAUCCAUUAGAAUGAUUACCGAAGCUUUUAAUUAUAUUUUGGAAAACGAAGUUGAGAAAUUUAAAAGAUCGUCAAGAAAUCGUCGAUGGUGAUUAGUAAUAAUUAUUAUUAUUUAUUAAUUAAUGAUUAUUAUUAUUAUUAUUUAUCUUAAAAGUAUUCAGUUCUUAUAUUAUUAUUGUGUUUAUUUAAAUAAUUUAUGCGACAAGAUUUCACGUUAAAAAAAAUGAGUACUUGAGCAUUUAAAUUUUUUUAAGAAAUUAUUUAAAUAAUUUUUCACUUAUGAAAUAUUUUUUUUUUUGGUUUAAAAAAUUAAUAGAGGUUUAAAUUUUAUGAAACCAAAAAUAGUUUAUAAUUUCAAUGCUUUUGACUAUUAUUUUUAUUUUGUUGUAAGUUAAAUAAUGUAAUAAGUGGUUCUUUUGUGAAUUUAGUAAAUUUGGAAGUUGAUGAUUUUUAAAAAUUAUUUUGAAUAAAAAAAAAUUUGUGGGGAAGGCAUCAGUUGCUUACAUGAUUUUUUCGUACAUUGGAAAUUCUUACUGCUGUUGGCUACUAAAAUUUAUUCUACGGUUCUAUUGCCUAUGGAAAUAUUAAAUAUAUAAUUUAAUUGCAUACAAAAUAAUUGCACUGUUCUAUUGCCUAGAAAAAUAAUUCAUGAUGUUCAAUUGAUUGCUAUUUAAUUGUGAACCCAAAUCAAAGAAAUUCCUAAUUAAUGUACACAAGCUUCUGAUUUAUUUGCUAAGAAAAUCUUGUACUUGUUGAGGAGAAAUAACCAACGGUCAAGACCGACCACUUGAUAAAAAAAAGGCAGCUGGUCUGAAAAAUAUCAGAACCUCGGUAGUCUUCACAAUAGCAACUGGAAAACUUGACAGAGUUUUCCAUCAGAAAUUAGUAGGGACAAGAUUUUUGCCUUAUUUUUUAAAUGAAUAGUUCAAAUUUUUGAUAUUACGGCGAAAAUAUUGGUCUUAUUAAAAAAGUUUUCGAACAAAAGUUGUAGGAAAUUUAAUUUUCUAAAAAAAAUGUAUCCUAUAAUUUUCGUAUACGAUCAAUAUUUUCACCGUAAUUCAAAAAUUAAGAUUCAUAAUGAAUGAUUCAAAAUUUGAUUAAUUAUGAAAAUCUUAAUUUUGAAAUUACGGGUUUCUUAUUAAUCCUAAGAAAAAAUUAUAAGAGACAUUUUUUUUAGACAAUUAAAUUUCCUACAACUUUUGUUUGAAAAAUUUUUUAAUAAGACCAAUAUUUUCCCCGUAAUAUAAAAAAUUUCACACCACUAAUUAUUAAUUAUUUUUAAAUUAACGCAAAAAUCCUGGCCCUAGAAAUUAGUGACCUGAUCAGGUGAUUCUCUGCGUCGACUAUGAGAUUCAACCCAGUGUCUUAUUAUGGACAUGGCGAGUUAUACUUUUGUCAAGACUACCGCGGUUCUGAUAUUUUACAGAUCAAUCGUCUUUUUUUUAUCAAGUGAUCGGUCUUGAACGUUGGUCAUUUCUCCUCAACAAGUACAGGAUUUUCUCAGCAAAAUCAGAAGCUUGUCUACAUUAAUCAGGAAUUUCUUUGAUUUGGGUUCACAAUUAAAUAGCAACUAAUUGAACAUCAUGAAUUAUUUUUCUGUAGGCAAUAGAACUGCAAUUAUUUUUUUCGCAAUUAAAUUACAUAUUUAAUAUUUCCGUAGGCAAUACAACCGUAGAAUAAAUUUUAGUAGCCAACAGCAGUAGGAAUUUCCAAUGUACGAAAAAAUAUUGUAGCAAUUGAGUGUAAUUGUAAUAAAAAUUAAAUAAUUUAUUAAAAAAAAAAAAUAAUCAACUUCCGGAUCAAAGUGAUAAAGUUUCUAAUAAAAAAUUUAAUUAAACAGUUAAUUGAUUUGUCUUUUUUUAAUAUGUAAGGUACAAUUAUCAUAAUUU